AUGGCUGUUGAACCAACUCCCGCCAUCGUCGGUGCCAUGUACGACUGUUACAGCAAAAUAUUUGCCGACAUGCUGGGAGGAUACAUCCACCUUGGCUAUUGGGAAGACCCCAACAAGCACGAAACACCGGAGGUGGUUGCUGAUCGAAUGACUCUCAAGGUGGGCGAACGACUAUCUCCUGCCCGAGGUCAGCGCAUCCUCGAUGUUGGAUGUGGCACUGGUAAAACUACUGUGCAAAUCGCUACCACCUAUGAUGUUCACGUAACUGGCAUCACGGUCAGCCACCAUCAAAUCGAGCUCGCCCAAGCCAAAUAUAAGAGUGGCGAGAAUCCCGGAGAAGUCCGGUUUGAGUUUGCCAACGCGAUGGAACUCCCUUAUCCCGAUGUCUCCUUCGACGGCGCUUAUGCCAUUGAGUCUUUCCUUCAUAUGAAUGACAGACUCAGGGCAAUGCAGCACAUUUCACGGGUGCUCCGCCCUGGCAGUCGGCUGAUCAUCGCCGAUCUAUAUCUGGAUCGUCCGUGCCCUGAAUCCAAAGCGAUGGCACUUUACUACGAGAUGUUCAAGCUUGUCACUCUGCCCACCGGCGAUGACCUUCAAAACUUUCUCCAGUUGGCCGGGUUCAAGGUUCUCGAUUUCACCGACAUCCGAGCCAAUAUCCUCCCUUCCACCAAGCUGCUUGCUGAAUCGGGAAAAUCUGUUGGAGACGAAGAAGGCCAAAAAUUCCUCGAGCUGGCAUCUGGCUUGGAAGAACUUAAGGAACUUGGGUAUGCACUCAUUACCGCGGAGCGUAUUUAG